UGAUUAGUGGCCACACUGCUCGCAUCUCGAUUCAAGUUGUUCAAUUCAGGCAAGCGACAAAUUUCAUUUCGAUUUUUACUUGUUACCGGGCAAGUUCAGCGCAGUGCGAUCCCAGUUCUUGAUUCUGCUGCUCCAGACACAUAGUCGGCUACUUGGAAGACCCGCGAUGAAAUUCCUGAUCUGUGCCCUGCUAGUGGCGGCGUCCUACGUGGCCGCCGCGUCCUCCGAGGAGGUCAAGGUGGAGGAGGGAGUGCUGGUGGCGACGGUGGACAACUUCAAGCAGUUGAUUGCCGACAACGAAUUCGUGCUGGUUGAGUUCUAUGCCCCAUGGUGCGGACACUGCAAGGCUCUGGCUCCCGAAUACGCCAAGGCUGCCCAACAGCUGGCCGAGAAGGAUUCGCCCAUCAAGCUGGCCAAGGUCGAUGCCACCGUUGAGGGUGAGCUCGCCGAGCAGUAUGCUGUGCGCGGCUAUCCCACUCUGAAGUUCUUCCGCAGCGGUGCUCCCGUGGAGUACAGCGGUGGUCGCCAGGCCGCUGACAUUAUUGCCUGGGUGAACAAGAAGACCGGACCUCCGGCCAAGGAUCUGACCAACGUUGCUGAUGCCGAGCAGUUCCUUAAGGACAACGAGAUCGCCAUCAUUGGAUUCUUCAAGGAUACCGAGUCGGAGGAGGCCAAGACCUUCACCAAGGCCGCCAACGCCCUGGACUCGUUCGUCUUUGGUGUGAGCAGCAAUGCCGACGUGAUUGCCAAGUACGAGGCCAGCGAUAACGGAGUGAUCCUGUUCAAGCCCUUCGAUGACAAGAAGUCCGUGUUCGAGGGUGAGCUGACCGAGGAGAGCCUGAAGAAGUUCGCCCAGGUGCAGUCCCUGCCCCUGAUCGUUGACUUCAACCACGAGUCUGCUUCCAAGAUCUUCGGUGGCUCAAUCAAGUCGCACCUGCUGUUCUUCGUCUCCAAGGAGGCCGGACACAUCGAGAAGUACGUGGAUCCUCUGAGGGAGAUCGCCAAGGAGUACCGCAACGACAUCCUGUUCGUGACCAUCUCGUCCGAUGAGGAGGACCAUACCCGCAUCUUUGAGUUCUUCGGCAUGAACAAGGAGGAGGUGCCCACCAUCCGUCUGAUCAAGCUGGAGGAGGACAUGGCCAAGUACAAGCCCGAGUCGAAUGAUCUGUCCGCCGAGACCAUCGAAGCCUUCCUCAAGAAGUUCCUCGACGGCAAGCUGAAGCAGCACCUGUUGUCCCAGGAUCUGCCCGAGGACUGGGAUAAGAACCCCGUCAAGGUGCUGGUCUCCAGCAACUUUGAGAGCGUUGCCCUGGACAAGAGCAAGAGCGUGCUGGUUGAGUUCUACGCCCCAUGGUGCGGUCACUGCAAGCAGCUGGCCCCCAUCUACGACCAGCUGGCCGAGAAGUACAAGGACAACGAGGACAUCGUCAUUGCCAAGAUGGACUCAACCGCCAACGAGCUUGAGAGCAUCAAGAUCUCAUCCUUCCCCACGAUCAAGUACUUCCGCAAGGAUGACAACAAGGUCAUCGAUUACAAUCUGGACAGGACCCUCGACGAUUUCGUCAAGUUCCUCGAUGCCAACGGUGAUGUGGCUGAUACUGAGCCCGUCGAGGAGACCGAGGAGGAGGAGGAGGCGCCCAAGAAGGACGAAUUGUAAAUCCAACACACACACAUACACACCCAAACACACAAAACAAACGAAGAAAAUCCAACAAAUAUGAACAGCAACAUCCGUGCAACAAACAACAAAAAUGCCACAACUAGCAACGUACAUUCUGUAGUUUAUUCCUAACAACGUCUUCUCCGGCGUCGUCUGCUCGCCUGCUGUCGCCCCCGCCCAGAGUUUCCCCAUCCCCCGGCUGAGUUUUUGUCAGUCAUUGGGGCGAUGGGGUCAGCUGGGAGGGGGGCGACGUUCCGGCUGCGGCGCCAUCAAAGCAUUUUUCCCGCCCACGGUUUUUAAUUCGCAAUACUUACUAAUUUCUGUUUGUUGUAUGUAUUUGCAACUCCAGAUUUUAUUUAACGCUCUCUGCGCGAUGUUACGUCCGUCGAUUUGCGUGAAACUUAACAACAAUUCAGUUUUAAUGAAGAAGAGCGAUAAAUUUUAAUAUGUAAUUCUUUAAGUUUUCUAUUUUGGAAUUUUUAGAAUCAUUGAAAGAACUGAUUAAGAACGUAACAAAUAAAGUUGGUAAACAACAUUAAAACAA